ACGCUUGGAGUGGAGACACAGUUACAUAGUUACUUUAGGCCUCCUGUAGGAGAAGCGCAUUGCGUGUGACGUGUGAUCUGUGCGCCUUUUUCAUGUGUAUACGGCUCCGUGACUGUGGUGGUAUCCGCGAAGAAAUGCUACAGUCUGAGAGUCACAUGGCCUGUGACGUCACCGGAUUACAUGUACGGUAAGGGAACAAGUCCCUUCUAGGAUCAUGGCUAGGAGUGUGAGGCGCCCGGAGCAGACCGGACCCCCGGAGCUGUUUUACAAUGAAAAUGAAGCCAGGAAAUACACACAUAACUCUCGUAUUAUGGAAAUUCAGUCACAGAUGUCAGAGCGUGCUGUAGAGCUUUUGUGCUUGCCUGAGGACCAGCCAUGCCUUCUGCUGGAUGUGGGCUGUGGCUCAGGUCUGAGUGGAGACCACAUAUCAGAGCAGGGACAUCACUGGGUUGGGAUUGAUAUCAGUACUGCCAUGUUGGAUGUGGCGUUAGAACGUGAGGUGGAAGGGGAUCUGAUCCUUGGAGACAUGGGGCAGGGUAUUCCCUUUCGUCCUGGUACUUUUGAUGGCUGCAUCAGUAUUUCUGCUCUGCAGUGGCUCUGUAACGCUGAUAAGAAGAGUCACAACCCGCCUCGACGCCUCUUCCGUUUUUUCUCCACUCUUUACUCUGCACUGAGUCGGGGCUCGCGUGCGGUUCUGCAGCUGUACCCUGAGAAUGCUGAGCAGCUGGAACUGGUGACCGCUCAGGCGAUGAGAUCUGGCUUUACUGGUGGGAUGGUAGUGGAUUAUCCCAACAGCACCAAAGCUAAAAAAUUUUUCUUAUGUCUAUUUGUGGGUGCAUCUGGGGUUUUGCCUAAGGGUCUGGGAGAAGAGUCAUCUGAGCAGGGAAUUCAUCAAGCUUCCUUCAGUAACCAAAGGAUGCGAUUUAAAACUGCCCGAGGGAAAUCUGUGAAGAAGAGCAGAGACUGGAUUCUUGAGAAAAAAGAGCGACGCAGACGACAAGGAAAGGAAGUUCGAGCAGACACAAAGUUCAGUGGACGCAAGAGAAGGCCUCAUUUUUAGGAAACAGUGACUUUUGUGUGGGAAUUUUCAAGCUUUGUGGUGUGAAGCACACAGUGGUUUAUAGUAGAAUGCUUACAUAUGAAACGGAUCUGGAGUGCCUCUCGUGUUGCACAGUACAGGCAGGAGCAUGGAGUAUGGUGAAUUGGUGCUCACAUGGACCUAUGGUGACCGGAAGCCAUACAGCACAAAAUACCGGUUCCACAAGACUUCUGUGGGUUCUAAAGACUUGUUAAAUACUUGUACAAAAGCAAGUGUUAUGCCAAAAGUAAAAUGCUGGAUAAUUUUAUGGUGAUUAAACAUUUUGACAACCCAAUUACACCAAA